AUGGAUAUUUGUAAGAAGAAUCCAAAGGUUCCUGGAUGCAAGUACAAGGACAAGGCAAAAAUGGCGUUUGUUCUGGAUUUGGAGGAUUGCUUUUGCUUCUCUGUACUUGAUGGUUAUACAAAAAAACGGGAACUGAGGCGCAGGAAGAAGCUUUUUAAGCGGGAUGGUGGCCUGUUGUUACAGCAAGAGCUCACGUCAAGAAAUGGCAACGUUGAAAAGACCAAAGUCUUUAGUUCAAGGGAGUUAGAAAACGAUAUCAAGUCGUCCAACAUACUCUUGGAUGACAAAUACAAGGCAAAAGUUUCAGAUUUCGGGACUUCAAGAUCAGCUACUCUUGACCACACUCACUUGACCACUAUUGUGCAAGGGGCUUGUGGACAUUUGGAUCCAGAAUACUUCCAGACACACCAAUUAACAGAUAAGAGUAAUGUUUAUAGCUUUGGAAUUGUGCUUGUUGAGCUUUUGACGGGAUUAAAGGCAAUUACUUCAACUAAAGCCCAAGAAGGUAAGAGUUUGGCCUCAUAUUUUACUCACACAAUGGAUGAAAAUCGUCUACUAGAGAUUCUCAAUGCUCAAAUCGAAGAGGAUGCUCCAGUGGAAUAG